AUGACUCCUAUUGAGUCUUUAUUACCUGGACUACAUUCAUUUCUGGCUGUGGAUUUAAAUAGUCUUCAAUUACCUUCGAGCAUAGAACAAAAACGCCGGCGAUUUCUUGAACGUAUCGAAGUUCUUAGUUUGGGAUGCAUACCGCCACUACCCGAAAGUCACAUAAACACAAGCACUAUUGCUCGUUUCUUUUCAAAUAAACGUCAUUCUCUUCCGCCAACAAUUAAUUACCCUUCAUCACCUGUUUGUAUUGAUCUAAGUAAAACAGUUAUUCAUAGUCCUGAGACUUCUAUUAACAACCGAGAUUCUCGAACUUCUGAUCAGUUAAUUAAUGAGUUCACUGUCGAUUCACCAGACGGAUUGUCCUAUAAUUGUGAUAGAAGAAAUUCACUUGCACAGUCUUCCUCUUUUUCUCCUCCUCCGCCUUUACCUCCGAAGAAAUCUCAUCUACAAAAGCUCUCCAAGAAAGUAGAAGAUCCAUAUGAAGUGCCAAAACAAGUUGUUGUUACUCCGGUUGAAACAGUUAUUCUCACCACUAGCAGCACAGCUUCAUCCUCAACAGUCGCACCUGUACGUUCAAAAUCAUCAAUUACAUCAGCCAGUGAACCAUUAUUUCGAAGCAAAGAAUUCAGUCGACUGUCAUUAUCACCACAAUCAGAAAUUAUUCAGGCUGACAGUAGUUCAAACACUCCCAUAACAAAUCCAGAUAGUCUAUAUCAUACUUCUAAUAUUCAUGGGACAAAAAGCAUAGGAGUGAAUCCAAUAAUUUUAUCAGAUACAACUGGUGCUAUCAAACCGGAUGCUACACUUGUAUUACCAAAGAAAUAUUUGGUUGGCUGUCAAACUCGUCGUCCAAGCUCAUUAAUGGAUUCAAUAUGGACAUUGGCUGGUGUAUUGUCGCAUCGUUGUAAACCGAAUAAAUGGAUACAAUUGAAUAUUUGUUUAUUAACCAAUAGUUCAAGAUUGAUUGCUUAUAAGACGGGGCAUUCAGUUACUCCAUCAUUAGCUUUAUUCUUGUGUGGUUCUACUGGUAUAUAUUCAGGACGUGACAGUGGUAUGGAGCAUGUGAUAAAGAUCGCACAUUUCAGUCGUGAAAUUAUUGUUUUAGCUGCACCAACCGAGGAGCAGGCAUUAAUUUGGGUUCGACAAAUCAACCAGUAUUCCCAAGGGAUUACACCUACAGAAGUUUGUUCAUUUCUACCACAUUUUACUGUACCGCAUAGUGCUAAUACAACAAGUGUUGCAAUUACUGCCGCUACUAAUACUACUGCGGCUACUAUGAAUUCUUCAUAUAAGAAUGCUAGUGGAUUGAGCUCGUAUUCACUAAGUAAUCAUAAUUUUACAUCUUCAAAGUCUUUGGUUUCCAGUAAUCGUCCUAUUCCUAUGGAAAUAUCAAACAUAAAAAUCGAUGCAUCAUCCGAUGAAAAUAAUCGAAUUGAUAGAUUAUUUCAGCCGAUUGUAAAUCACUUGAAAAGUUUGUCUUUAGAAGAAAGUAGCAGUGUAAUGUGUACAUCUCAUGAGGCUGCCUCUAGUUGUAGUCGUACUGCUGUUGAUAAAACGGAAAUGAUAAUUAAUAUGAGUGGUAUGCCCAGUGAUGUUACUACUACUAAUAUUGAUUAUAAUGGUAGUGUGAAUGAACCACUCCAGUGUCAGCCUACUAGUUCAGUACAAUCAAGACCCUUUUCAAUGACAUUGUCGUCCACAUUUGACGCACACAUGAUUAGUUCUAAACACAAUCUACGUCGCAACAGUCUAAUUUCGUCAAUGCGUCGAAAAGUAGAGUCGUUUAACUCUAAGCGUCGUGCGCGCAAAUCACUUCCACAAUCAUUACAACCAAACUGUUCGUCUGUUUUUGAAAGCUGUUCCGAUUUACAAAAUAAUGAAGCCCUUAAAGGAGUAGGACACCGGAGAAUAUUGAGUGAUGGUCAGUGGUCAUGUUCAAAAUUUUCAUCAGUCCAGUGUCUUCAGCAACAGCAAAUCUUUUCAUCAAUAACUCCACAACCACUGCCACCUCCCGCGGCAGCUUGUCUAUGGGACUCGUCUAAAAGUUCUGGUAAAGGAUUCGGUUGGUCCCAGCUAGAAGCAGCUGGUGCCAGGUUUUUGAGCCAUAAUGCAUCUUCAGUUAGCUCAAAUUCCUCAACAUAUCGACCGCGUUCUAUGUGUUAUGAUUCACCAGGAUUGUUUGACAUGUUUAAUUCUUCGCAGAUCAAUGUAAAUGUUAUGCCAAAACAUGGUCCAUUAUUAGAUUUGAAUUCCAUGCGAUCACACUCUGUCACUUCAUGUGUACUUAAUGGCAAUCAAGUAGUUAUAUCAGGUAAUGCUUCCAUUUGUAUACCUGGGCGAGUUUCAUGGACUACUAGAUGGUGUUGUUUAAAGUCGAAUUGUCUUGAAAUCUACUUGAAUAAGAAAGGUUGUUAUAAUAAUAUUAGUCAACACAACAAUCCCUUUAAUGACUAUUAUACGGAUGAUACUAACUGGCCAUUGUUUUCUUUGCCAUUAGAACCAGGCAAAGUUGAACUAGGCUUAGCUGGAGAUAAACGUCACUCAUCGGCCAUUCGUCUUGCUGUACCGACGCAAUGUUCUACACCAUUGUUAUUUGAUGUUACAGACAAGUUGCAAAUGGGUGCUUGGAUUAAAGGAUUUAUUCAAGCAUUGGGUCUUAUUUCACCAACAGAAAAUGCUAUAAAUUGUAUUCAGGGAACAAGUCAUUCUAUGCGUGGAAUCGCCUCAGCGAAACUAGGUUAUAUUCCCCAAUCUUCGGUUACACACGAAAGGACUGGUUUUCAACAAACCCAUUUAAAAAGAGAUAAUCUCUUAUCAACUGUCAGCUCAUCCUGGGUUGGUCGUAUUCCCAAUUCAAUUAUGGAAACUUCACAAACUUCAGUGUAUUACUCAGAUAUUCAUGAAGAUGGGGAUAAUGAUCUGGUUUGUGUGAAUCAAACACAGUAUGCAGUAAAUAAUACAAACUUUUCAAAUACAGUAAUUUACGAUGAAGUAUGCCCUCCACAAACAAUAUAUGGCAAAUCCAACAAUAAGGAUAUCAGUGCUACAAUUACACCUUUAGCUAACUCGUCAGAAAUGUCAAAGACCUCUGAUGUAAGCUUGUUUAAAAGACGUUGGAGUUCCCCUUUACUGAUAUUUGAAUCAUCUACAAAAAUACAAACUCCAGGGUAUUCUAACGAAUCGAAUACUUCAUUAUUUAACAAUCCAUCAUCUCAUUGGCAUAUUCCCCCACCAAGUCGUAGAUUAUUAGCCCAACCAUUGCCUCCACUACCUUCAGUUGGACCGAGUACUUGUGAAUCUAUAGCUGGAACAAUCACGAGUAGUUAUACUUCAUCGAAUAUUACACCAGAUGAUUGUGGUGGUUAUCAGGAUGAAUCGCUGAUACCUGCUUCAAAUAAUGCAGAGUCUGAUGGUCUUCCAGAAUUCUGGUGUAGAAAAGACGGGAAAUUGAAUAACUGUAAGUCUUCUCAGAUGUCAGUAGUCACAAAUCACCGCAGAUAUGCUAGUAUGAGUAGUUUGGAGUAUGCAGCCUCAAACAAUGAAGCAGUAGUGAACACGAACAACACCAACGAUGAUAAGCGUGGAAAUGAUGAAAAGCAAAGGACGAAAGCUAGAAAUUCAAGCGAUGUCAAACAGAGUGAAUCUCAUAAUCAAUCUCAUUCCAAGGUUGUAUUCUCAUUGGAUGACAUCUACAGUGAACCGGUAAAGAUUACUUCUAGUCUUGCCUUCACUCCAAUUACAACAAUGGAAUCAAGUCAUUUAAGCUGUACAAAAUGUUGUACUUCUAUUUCAACCUCUGUUCCUGUUGACCCUAUUGAAGAACAGACUAAUUCGUCGUCUGUUUGUUCAACAUCUACACUUGUCCUUUAUUCGGAUGUUUCUAAUUUGCAUAGAACCAAUUGUGACAGAGCUGCUAUGGGUACCUGUAUUAUCGAUGAACAUUGCGGUAAUGAUAACAUCAGUGUUAAUGAUCAAAGGUGUUCAGAUGAGAUCAAUUUGUGGGAGUUGAAGUCUGAGAACACUUUGUCUUCUAGAGAUCCAGCUCUUGUAGAAUACAUGAAAACAUAUAAACUAAUUAGUGCACGACGAUGUGUAUCGUGUUUAAGUGGGAACAAGCCAACAGUUCUACAGACAAAUCCAAAUGUUGAUGGUAUGCCAAUUUUAUCGUCAACACUGCGUGUUCGUUCUGGAUCGGAUGAUCCAGUCAAGCAAAUUACAGCAAUCAACAUGGACGUUACUUGUAAUGAUACAUUAUUUAUGAGAAAAUCCAAUUCACACUGGAACCGAGGCUCAUUUUCGUCCAAUUCUUCUCGAACAGCUACUUCAUCUGGUGUAGCCUUGUCUUCAUCUCCUGGUUCUGGCGGGAAUACUCGUCCUCCUUCAUUAGCAAUACCGGGAUACCUUCCUAUGACUCCAGUAGAAAAAGAACAAUGCAAUGUUGAGGGUUUUUUACAUCAUGAGCAUCAUUUCAACAAAGAAUUAUCUGAUAGCGUUCCCUUCAAUGUAGAGCAACAAUCCUGCGUUAAAAAAUAUAAAUAUUCUGAUUAUGGAUGUCAGGUAGAAGUACCGUCUUCUGUAUCUUUUAUGAACUGUCAUCAUAAUCAUCAUUAUACUCACGUGUUAAAUAAAGUUGAAAGUGAUACAAUGCAUAUUGAUUCAAUUUCAUCAUCUGCUACAUCAUUACUCUUGAUUGCAUCACAAUUGGCAGAGGUUAAACAGGAAACAAACAGUCUUCGGUCAAGAAAAAAAGAUUUGUCAUUUCGAUUGUCGAAUCUUCUUGCUCUUGAUCAUCGCGAUAGUCAAUCAAAACUAGGUAUUGAUACCUUCAAGUUCGAUGAAAGAUUCCACUCUGAUAAGGAAGAUUCACAAGUCAAUGAAGAUUCUCGUCAUGAUGGUGAUACUGUUACUGUUGAGAAAGCGUCUACCAAUGAAGAACAAGAGAACAUUAUCAAAAUCAAGGAAGCUACAGCCACUUUAUAUGCACGCCUAACGGCUGUAGAGAUGUUAUUGAAGAAUGCUGAAUCCACUGAAGCUCAAUUAGAAAAAGAAUUUGGACAUUUAAUGACUAAUCAUAAUGGAACAAAACCAUCGUCAUCAUCAUUGUCACCGUCCACAAGAAUAAUAGGAACAACAUCUGUUCUUGAUCCAGUUACAAACUCGAAAGAAGAGCACGAUCAUCAACAAAAACUUGAACAAUUAUCGGUCAUUAAAACAUCUUUGAAUAGUAUCAAUGAAAAUGUUUGUUCUCACUGUAAAAUUCCCCGUACAAGCAGCAACGGGCUAACUGGGGGAUCUCGUAAGCGAAAUGGGAGGAAUCGUCGUCAUGGUUAUAAAGCGAGCACGACAAAUCAACAGAACAAUAGUGGUCGAGGUCGUUAUCGUACAAGACGUCGUGAGUUGAUUGAUGCCAACUUUUCAGAACAGUCUGAUUGGGGUGUAACUGAGUCUGAAAAUGACUGUUCUUCAUUGACUGUAUCAUUGGCUUCUUAG